AUGGUCAUCACCGAGCAAUAUCUCCGUAUGCCUGGAAGACGCCAGAGAUGGGCAGACAUCACAGAGAUCAGAAUGCAACGACAACACACCACUCCAGCGGGCCACGGGGCCGCCGAUGCCCAUAUUAAACAGCUGGAAUUGACCGACAGCACUAACACAGCACUACCAAAGACUACCUUGGAAAGCCUGCAACGCCGUCGAGAUCCCAUGUCCCAGCUCGUCACUGUGGCUGCGCUAACACCAAAGGGCAGAUCCCGAACCGCGGGACAGGGGGACCCCAUGCCGGUAGAUGAUCCGUCUCAUACGAGCUGA